UUGUGUUGAAUUCCCCAACUUGUGAAAUUUGAACACAGCCGAUCACUGGAAAUCCAUCGGCCAAAAGUGACUAGUAGUAGAUAAACAUGAUCCAACGACUGACAUCUGCUGUUUACCUUGCAGCCAAAAGAGGGCACGAGAGGGUGCCUCUAGACUGGGAAACAAGGAUGCAGAUCGCCAUAGGUGCAGCACGAGGAAUCUCGCGCAUACACCAAGCAAACGGAGGGAAAUUCGUCCAUGGCAACAUCAGGUCCUCCAACAUAUUCCUCAACCCCACCACCAGCUACGGAUGUGUCUCCGAUGUUGGCUUAUCAGCCGUGAUGAGCCCACUGGCUGCACCGAUCUCACGCGCAGCUGGCUACCGAGCACCGGAGGUGACAGACACGAGGAAAGCAACUCAACCUUCCGAUGUCUACAGCUUCGGUGUGGUCCUGCUCGAGCUUCUGACAGGGAAGUCCCCGAUUCACACCACUGGUGGGGACGAGAUCAUGCAUUUGGUGAGGUGGGUUCACUCGGUGGUGCGAGAGGAGUGGACCGCCGAGGUGUUUGAUGUGGAGCUGCUGAGGUAUCCGAACAUCGAGGAAGAGAUGGUCGAGAUGCUGCAGAUCGCGAUGUCCUGCGUGGUGAGGGUUCCUGAUCAGAGGCCGAAGAUGGGCGAGGUUGUGAAGCUGGUGGAGGGCGUUCGAGGCAGGGAUACCGAGAACCGGGGAUCGACGGGAACUUCAACUCCACAGAUGGCUUCUACACCAGUACCGGCUCUUGCUGCAGCUUCCCCGCCGGGAUCAUGAGCAUGAUUGAUGUAUGAAGUCUGUUGUAGUCCAUUGUUCAUUGUCUUUUCGGUUUUGUUUUCUUAAGCCCUUGAUGAUUCUGAGUGAUUUAGUUGAGUGUUGAAUGAAUGGAUGAAUCAUGAAUGAAUGCCUCUUUUGACACUUCCUUGUGGAUUGUGAUCAAUGUUGCUGUCAAAUUUGUCAUUUGCUCAUUAUGUUGUAGUAGUGAUGGGUUGUCAAGUUUGGAUCUUUUGUUCAAAAGCACUAUUUUGAAAUUGAAUCCUAAUACUCUUUUCACAAGAAGUGAAUUGAAAUGUCUACUUUUGGAAAUUUAGGGUCGUUUAGAAGUUGCGAUUGUAAAAUAGAUGUAUUGUCGACAAUACAUGUAUAAUAUUAUACAUGUAUUGUCGAAUUUGAUGCAUUGUAGAAUACAACGUUUGGUAUGUG